CGUAUGGUACUGGUAUGAGUCCGUAUGGUACUGGUAUGAGUCCGUAUGGUAGUACAUAUGGUCAAGGAUAUCCGUACAAUACAUACAAUAACCCAUAUGGCUCUAGUAAUCCAUAUCAAUACGGAUCAAACUAUAACUAUCCAAGCAUGGGUGGUACUUAUGGUAGUGGACAAUAUGGAACAUAUGGUUAUGGAAGUCAGGGCUAUAAUAGCCCAUACGGUUAUGGAAGUCAGGGCUAUAAUAGCCAAUACGGUUAUGGAAAUUCAGGCAUGACUAAUCCGUAUGGUUCUUCCAAUUACGGAAAUCCUUGGUAUCGAGCAUCAAAAACUGGUGGCGCUCAAGGACGAUCGGGUGGUGCUACAGAUGCUAAAGGAGAUGGCAAUGCUGUUGGACCUAAUCCAUCCUUACCGGUCAACAAGCCCUUCAAUGGUGAUUCCAAGGGUAUCAAUGGUAAUGCUAUUCGUCGUCGUCGUCGUCAACAACCAUCUGGAUCAAUAUAUGGCAAUUCUAAUUUAGGUGCAAAUUCACCAGCAGGAUAUAAUUAUCCAUCGAAUACAAAUUUCUAUGGUACAAAUUUAAAUAAUCAAGGCUCAAAAGAUUUAUAUGGUAAUCCGAUUUUACCAUCGAAUGCUGGUGGUUCAUUGAAUAAUAUCGGUUUAUAUAAUCAACAACAACAACAGCAGCAACAACAACAACAACAACAAUCGUUAUAUGGACCAAGUGGUCAAGCCAUACCAAAUCCAUCAUAUGGUACAAGUGGUCUUUAUCCAGGUAGUGGAACAAAUCAACUCUUACGUGAUCCAAAUGUUAAUAUGGGAAUGCGUGACAGUAAUAGUAAUCUUUUACCAGCAGGAUCAGUUGGUUCUUCAUUAUAUCCUUCAUCAAAUUCUCAAACAGGUUAUCAAGCAAAUACAAAUCAAAUGUUAAAUAAUAAAGAUCUUUAUAAUGUACCAUCAAAUACAAAUAAUAAUCCAUAUGGUUUUAAUAGUAAUUCAUAUCCAAACACUAAUACUGGUAGUGGACAAAUGGGUAUGAGUAGCAAUAAUAAUGUAUGGCCAAAUAUGAAUAAUAAUAAUAAUAAUAAUCCAUAUAAUUUUAAUCCUGGUAAUACGUGGUAUCAACAAAAUCGAGAAUUAAAUAAUAAUAAUAAUAAUAAUAAUGCAUAUUCAAAUCAAAAUUCACCUUAUUUUUAUAAUAAUGGUUAUCAAAAAAUGACAUCAUAUUUAAUUGUUUUUUUUUCAUGUAUUGUUCUAUCUUUUUUUCGUAUAUAA